AUGGCAGGCGUGAAGCGCAAUCGAGCAGAAAUGGAGUCUAAGGAACAGGAGGAUUCUCCAUCACCUUACUUGCCUAUGUUCGAACACUUCAAAUCCGAAAUAGACACACACCACGACCGACGCGAACGAGUCAUAAAGGCAUCACGAGAUAUUACAGCUUACAGCAAAAAGAUAAUCUUUGCUCUCCAACGAACCAAAGAGAUCGGCAAGCCAUUGACUGAUAGAAAAGCUUUGACUGAUAUGACGAAACUAAAGCAGCAGAUCAAGGAGACGUUUGAAGGCGUUACAGACGACCUUCAGGGAAUUAAUGCUCACCGUUACCAAAGACAGAUAUCACCUGGUAUCCAGGAGUUUAUGGAAGCAGCCCUGUUCGAGCAUUACCUCGUCAACCAAGCCAUCAUGACACACAGCGAAGCUGCUACUACCAUACCAGCCGGGAUAACGCUGACAUACGAGGAUUAUGUCCUUGGCAUUUUCGACAUGACUGGAGAGCUGAUGAAAAUAGCUAUUACCUACAUGGCUACGAAUGGCAAGCUACCAGGGCUUCAAGGUGGUGCAUCUGUGUUGACCGAUAUGCAAACCAUGCGGACGCAACUGGAGCUAAUUAAUGCUGGUCACGGGCCAUUCGCGAAGGAGUUUGAAGGCAAGCUUCGAGUUACGAGACAGAGUGUCGAGAAGGUCGAAAUAAGUGUGUAUAGUAUGACCGUGAGGGGAAAAGAGAUGCCGAAGGGCUGGAAGCCGGAUAUUAAUAUGCGGCAACCCGUAGAAGAAAUUGAGUCGUACUGA